AUGGCGUCCUACUGCUGUUUUAGGAAAUCAAGGACUCGUUUGCCAAGCUUUACUGUACCACGGUAUCGGUUGAUAACGCUCCAAGACAUGCUUUGCCUGAUUCUUCGUCCAGAAGGUGAAGUGGUUGCCAUCGAGGGCAUUGGCGGCUUGGGAAAGACAUGGGCGGCAAAAGAGGCAUUUGAAACCGCAAGGAACUCUAAUCGCUUUGAUACCUAUAUCUGGGUUUCAUUGUCUACAAGUUGUAGUCUGAGACGGUGCACUGAGAAGAUUGCCACAUGUCUUUUAAUUGACAUUGGUGCAGAACUGUUAUCGUCGAGAAUUAGGGUGAUGAUCAAGGAGCAUCUCACGAGACGAAAGUUCUUGUUGGUUCUCGACAAUGCUUAUUUUGUCGAGGAAAACAUCUUAGGGAAAUUGGGGAUUCCAUGUCCUCGAGAGCAGAGUUUAGGUUCAAAGGUCAUUGUGACCACAAGAACCGGGAGGACAGUUUCAGUCAUGGAUCCAGCUAUACUUAUAUCGCCACAACCACUCACAGAUCAGGCCUCAUAUGACCUACUGCGCGAGAAGAUCGGCAAGGAUAUUGAUCUGGAGUUAGUUGACAACUGUUUUGGCAUGCCAUUGUCGAUUAUCUUACUGGCUGGGGCACUGUGUGAUAUGCCUGCACAAGAGUCGAGCAAGUUAAUAAGUGAAGCUUAUGUGGCUCUAGGACCCAAGAUAUCAGUGUUCACCACAAUGGUUCGCCUUGUAAAGUUUUGUUACCGUCGGCUUCCUAGUGAUACUGCCAGGCGCUGGUUCCUAUACUGCCUACUCUUCCCUGACGAUGAAGCAAUUCCUGUCUAA